UUAGCAUAGUUGAAGAUGGCGACUGGAGUCCUUCAGAGAGUCAGCGGAGGCUUGGGUCGAGCUAAAGGCAGGGCCACCUCGGCCGGUCAGCUCGUCCUCUGGAGCAGCAGGGGGUUUGCAACAUCAAGCAGCAGAAACAGAGAGGACAGCUGGUUUAAAUCACUGUUUGUGAGGAAAGUUGAUCCAAGGAAAGAUGCACACUCCAACCUACUGACCAAAAACGAGGAAAGUAACCUCUACAAAAUUCAAUUCCAUAAUGUGAAGCCAGAGUGCCUGGAUGCAUACAACAAACUCUGUGAGGAUGUUCUGCCCUCCAUCCAUGCUGAUAAGUACUACCCCUGUGAACUGGUGGGAACCUGGAAUACCUGGUAUGGAGAACAGGACCAGGCUGUUCAUCUUUGGCGUUACAGAGGUGGAUACCCAGCUCUGACAGAGGUGAUGAACAAGCUCAGACAGAACAAGGAUUUCACAGCGUACAGGAAGGAGCGGGGUAAGAUGCUGUUGUCCCGCAGGAACCAGCUUCUGUUGGAGUUCAGCUUCUGGAAUGAGCCUGUACCCCGAGAGGGCCCCAACAUCUAUGAGCUCAGGUCCUACCAGCUCAGGCCAGGAACCAUGAUCGAGUGGGGUAAUUACUGGGCCAGGGCCAUUGGAUACCGCCAACAGAACCAAGAGGCUGUGGGAGGGUUUUUCUCACAGAUCGGCAACCUCUAUAUGGUUCAUCACCUCUGGGCUUACAAAGACCUCCAGUCCAGAGAAGACACGAGGAAUGGUGCCUGGCAGCAGGAGGGCUGGGACGAGGUGGUGUAUUACACAGUUCCUCUAAUUCAGCACAUGGAUUCCAGGAUUAUGAUCCCGACAAAGGCUUCCCCACUGCAGUGAAACAAGAAGCGAGUUGGAAGCUGAAAUCGAGUGGUACCCUUUCGAAUGUUAACAUCAAUCCAGAGCAUCACCUGUCGUGGUUUCAGCCUCCUGUCAGUGCUGCCAGACAACAUCCCCUCUCCUUUCUUCUCUUUGCUUUAAUACUUCAAGAUGUCAGUGGAGGCAACAAUGUCCACUGUGUAUUUGGAAUUAAAUUAGUCCAAUGCCGCUUACAGCACUUGACAACGCACAACUUCUUUUCUUUUGAUUCUGGAGCAGGAUGAGUAAAUUUGGCCAAUUUAAGCGUCCUGAUGGUCGUUACGUCCAACGUCUCGUGCCACAUUAAAGCUGGUCCAUGAAGAGAGCUAAUCUCUUAAGUUUAGUACCAACCAAAGUUACUUGAAAAGACGAGCAGCUGUAUGGUGUGUAAGUGUGUGAACCGAUUUUGAAAAUAAAUAAAUAAAACUGUUGAAGCUCACUGCACAAUGUAGUGACUAUUUAUUUAUUUAAUGUAAAUUUGGAAUACUUAUAUUAUCCAAGUGUGCUGAGGAAGUGACACUCUGAUGUAAGCCAUGCCAUUGCUGAGUGACGUGAGAAAAAAACCUGUGUAUACUCAUGAAAACUGUAUUUCAGUAUGACAUGGUGUAAAUUGUAAACCUCAGAAUUUUAUAAUUGAGGUGUAUGACACAUAAAACAUCUUUUUUCUUCCUUGCAAACUACUCCUUUCAGUUGCUUUUCUGGAUGUUCCUAAGUUCCCUCUUAUGGUAAUAUUGAUGUUUCAUGGUGCUGUGUUUGUAACUAUGGCUUCUACUUUUUUUCCUGUGAAGACAGCAUGCCUGGUUUUAAAGACUGUUUUUAUCUAACCUGUUUUAAUGGGCCAUAGUUAUCAUGUACAAUAAACUAUGAAAACAAGUGUUACGUAUCAUUGGCUGAGGGGCCUGUCAUGUUGCUGUAUUCUGUAAUAUUAGAAAUUUUAUUGUGAAAGGGAGCAUGCUUAUCUUGUCUUUUUGUUCAUCGGGAACAGUGUAGAGAGAAGGACAGCAAUGCCAACACAGAUUAAAGUAGUUCAAACAACA